GCAGGUGAGAUUAGUUUGGGGAUGUGAAUACAAUGAGUGUAAACCAGCAAGCUCACACAGGGCCUCCUUAUGGGCAACCUCAGCCUGGAUAUCAGGGAUACCAGCAGCCUGCCUACGGAGGACAGCCAUUGCCAGGAGUUCCUCAGUCGCAGUAUGGAGCUUAUAAUGGUCCGAUGCCAGGAUAUCAACAGCCAGUCCCUCCACAAGGUUACUUUCCUUCCUUGGGGUUCCCUUCGAAGGGCUCUCCUGUAUCUCUCAACUCUGACACUUCUCUUGCACCUAAUUUCAUAGGUUCGUUAAGAGCCCCUCCAACAUCUGGAGCUCCCCCUCCAGCCUCUGGAGCAUCUCUUCCUUCUGGCCACCUGGCAUACAGUCAGUAUGGACACGGAGAUGUGCAGAAUGGGAUUCCAGCCUCAGCAGCCCCGAUGCAGAGGCCACCUGCUUCUCAGCCGUUUCUCCCAGGCUCAGCACCCACGCCUGUCAGCCAGACAUCUACGUUCCAGCAAUAUGGUCCCCCCCCAGCCAGUGUACAGCAGCUCAGCAAUCACAUGGCAGGGAUGACAAUUGGCAGUACUACAGCCUCUGCUCCUCCCCCAGCUGGACUGGGCUAUGGUCCCCCAACAUCGGUUCCCCCAGUCUCAGGAAGCUUUAGUGCAACAGGAUCUGGUCUCUACACACCUUAUACUGCGAGCCAAGGACCCCCUCCUACCAGUGUGUCUCAGGGUCUUCCUUUGGCACAGCCUCCGUUUCCUGGUCAACCAAUAUCAACUCAGCGCCUACCUACUCAAGUCUCUGGUUUUGCACCACCUCCCUCUUCUACAGGGAUUGGACCUUCCUCUUACCCUCCUACCACAGGUGCCCCGAGGCCACCUACCAUGCCAGGCCCACCACUGCCUGGGCAGACAGUUGCUGGACCACCAACAUCCCAGCCUAAUCACGUAUCCUCACCACCACCUCCAUCAGCUAUGUCAGGGCCUCACCCUGGGCCUCCCAUGAGUGGCCUCCAUGGACCACCUCCUCCCACUCAUCCUCCUCAGCCAGGAUACCAAAUGCAGCAGAACGGUUCCUUUGGGCAGGUGAGGGGUCCCCAACCAAACUAUGGAGGAGCCUAUCCAGGAACACCAAAUUAUGGAACUCAACCCGGAGCACCACCUCCACCAAAACGCUUGGAUCCAGAUUCCAUUCCUAGCCCUAUUCAAGUGAUUGAAGAUGACAGAAGUAACCGUGGGUCAGAACCAUUUGUCACUGGAGUGAGAGGGCAGGUCCCACCUCUUGUUACUACGAAUUUCUUGGUCAAGGAUCAAGGUAACGCAAGCCCCCGCUACAUAAGAUGCACAUCUUAUAAUAUUCCCUGCACCUCAGAUAUGGCCAAACAGUCCCAAGUUCCCCUAGCUGCUGUCAUAAAACCGCUGGCUACUCUACCCCCAGAGGAGACCCUUCCUUACUUGGUAGACCAUGGAGAAUCCGGUCCUGUCCGAUGUAAUAGGUGCAAGGCUUACAUGUGCCCUUUUAUGCAAUUCAUUGAGGGUGGAAGGAGGUUCCAGUGUUGUUUCUGCAGCUGUGUCACUGAGGUGCCACCUCACUACUUCCAGCAUUUGGAUCAUACUGGAAAGCGAGUAGACUUCUAUGAUCGACCUGAGUUAUCACUGGGGUCUUACGAGUUUCUAGCAACAGUUGACUAUUGCAAGAAUAACAAGUUUCCCAGUCCACCUGCUUUCAUUUUCAUGAUUGAUGUGUCUUACAAUGCUGUGAAGAGUGGCUUAGUGAGACUAAUAUGUGAAGAAUUAAAGUCACUCCUAGAUUACUUGCCCAGGGAAGGCAACAUGGAAGAAUCAGCCAUUCGAGUAGGCUUUGUCACAUACAACAAAGUAUUACACUUCUAUAACGUGAAGAGCUCUCUGGCACAGCCACAAAUGAUGGUUGUCUCGGAUGUGGCAGAUAUGUUUGUGCCACUCCUUGAUGGUUUUCUGGUGAACAUGAAUGAGUCCAGGACAGUUAUUGCCAGUUUGCUGGAUCAGAUUCCAGAAAUGUUUGCAGACACAAGAGAAACAGAAACUGUUUUUGCACCUGUGAUUCAGGCAGGGCUGGAGGCACUGAAGGCAGCUGAGUGUGCUGGCAAGCUCUUCAUUUUCCACACCUCUCUGCCCAUCGCAGAGGCCCCAGGGAAGUUAAAGAACAGGGAUGAUAAGAAACUGAUCAACACAGAUAAGGAGAAGACAUUGUUUCAGCCACAGACAAGCUUUUACAACAACUUGGCCAAGGACUGUGUGGCCCAGGGCUGCUGUGUGGAUCUGUUCCUAUUUCCAAACCAGUAUUUGGAUGUGGCGACACUGGGUGUAGUAACUUACCAGACAGGAGGCUCCAUUUAUAAGUAUGCGUAUUUCCAGCUGGAGACAGACCAGGAUAGGUUCCUGAAUGACUUGAGAAGAGAUGUCCAGAAAGAAGUGGGAUUUGAUGCUGUAAUGAGAGUGCGCACAAGCACAGGUAUUCGAGCAACUGACUUUUUUGGAGCUUUCUAUAUGAGCAACACAACUGAUGUAGAGAUGGCAGGUUUGGACUGUGAUAAAACAAUCACAGUGGAAUUCAAGCACGAUGACAAACUGAGUGAAGACAGCGGUGCACUCCUUCAGUGUGCUCUGUUAUACACAAGUUGUGCAGGACAGCGAAGACUCCGCAUUCACAACCUCUCCUUAAACUGUUGCACGCAGCUUGCUGACCUCUAUCGAAACUGUGAGACAGACACGCUCAUCAAUUACUUGGCUAAAUAUGCAUAUCGUGGAGUUCUGGGUAGUCCAGUAAAGACUGUACGAGAUGCACUGAUCAACCAGUGUGCCCAGAUCCUAGCUUGCUAUCGAAAGAACUGUGCUAGUCCCUCUUCUGCUGGCCAG